CCCCAAUGUGCCCGUCCCCACGCCCCGUCCCUCCUCCCUCCCUCCUCCGCUGCCUCCUCCCACCCCGAGCAGCAGCGCGACAUCGACUCGACGGAUUAACAACAACAACACCACCACACAUCAGCGAAGCAGCAGCAGCCAUCAAGGAGGAGGAAGCAGUGACAGCGACACAGCGGCCCGGGGUGGUGUCACACGACGCUUGAGAGAAGAGUUGAGAGCAGCGAUUGUAUCAGAGCGAGAAGAGGAGGAGGAGGAAGGCGACGAGAGAGCGAGGAGAGAUUGCAAGCGCGCACUGGAUGCAGACGCGCGCCUGGACGAGGCGCGCCGGGUGUGGCCGGCCCGACCGGAUUCCAGCCACCCCCGGGAUACAAGCACGGGCUCUCGCAGGAGCCGACUGAGCACCAUGCGCCGCCGACUCCGGGAGAAAAUGGGCUUCCGCUCGGGGCAGUCGGCGCCCCAGGGGGUUCUGUUCGACUCCCCGUACGCGUCCGACAACGAGCUGGGCCCUGGCGAGGACGGACCCCCUCCCCAGCCUCCUCCGUCCCCCCCGCUGCUCCUCGCAAAGUCGGCCAACUCCGCUGCCGUGGCCGGCGCCGCCGCCGGUGCCGCCGCCCUGGCCGGCGCCCUUCCUGCGCAGCUCUCCAGGGUGUCGCGCAGCACGCCCGACCUCCUGCACAUGGAGCAGGACGAAGAGCCGGGGCGAACGGAGACACUCGGCACUUCACAGGGCGAGCAGCUGGACAACGACAAGCUGUCCGAAGUCAAAGGUCACCUCGAGAUUGCUCUUCUGGAGAAAUACUACCUGCAGGAGGAGCUGCAGCGUCUACGUGGCGACUCGGGGCUGGAGGCGAAGCUGGAGAAGGAGAAGGAGCGGCGCCGCGAGGCCGAGCGCGAGCUCCAGAGGCUGCGCGACGAGAACGCGGCCGCCACCCCCACCACCGCCACUACCGCCACCACCGCCACCACCGCCACGGUGGGGGCUUCAGACGCAGGCAGCGCAAUACCGGCGCCUCCACUGGCAGAGGACUCCAGAGACUCAGCAAAUUCGGCGUCUCCACCGCGGGGGUUCCUGGGCCCGGCCCGGCUGCGCUGGCGCCGUGCGCUGACGGCCCUCUCGUCGGAGCUGGGCGCCAACCCGGACCCCCCGGCCCCGGAGCCCGACGAGCCACUCAGCGGACGCAGGCUCACUGAAAACAUGCGGAGAGUGCGCCGAGGUUUUAAGCCGGUGUCUCUCUUCAUGCGCAACCUCAAGGCACUCUCCGUGUGGCAGUCCAUUUACACGUCCGCCAUCGCGUUUGUUGUAUACAUGUAUGCUGUGUGGCAAGGCUGGGCUGUGCCAAUGUUCCUGCUCUUCGCCAUUAUUCGACUCUCACUCAACUACCUCAUAGCCAAGGGCUGGAAAAUCCAUUGGAGCAUCGUCCCCGCUCUGGUGACACCUGAACCCGAGGUGCCGCGGGACGAUCUCUCGGUCACGGAGAAGUUCCAGCUGGUCCUGGACGUCGCUCAGAGAGCGCAGAACCUCUUCGGCAAAGUGGCUGACAUUCUAGAGAAGAUUAAAAAUCUGCUCAUGUGGGCCGACCUCGAGGCCACCCGGCAACUCUACCGGGUCCUGUGGAUCGCGUUCGUGGCCUCCAGCAUCCUGCCCGCACCCCUUCUCUGGACCCUAUUCGGGCUUGGCCUGGGCGUGCGCGCAUUCCUCGUGGCACCCGUGUUCCACCGCUUCCCCAGCAUCCGGCUCAAGUACGACACGGCGCGGCGCCUGUGGCAGCAGCUCCCCACGGACGCCCAGCGCAACGAACGCCCCGCUCUCAGCACGCACAGGGGUGGUGGCGGCCACCUGGGCCGCAGCAGCAGCGCCCAGGGCCUACUGGGUUCAGGCAGUGCCGAGGAGGCGUCGGACCCCCGCCGUCGCUCCUUCCACGCCGUCUUCAGCCUCCCCGAUUCGGAGCGCCCGCUGCCCGUGUGUGAGGGCGGGUGGAGGUGCUGCCUGAUCCAGCGAGACCGCAGGAUUUCCUCCGACUACAUCCGCAGUGGCUUCCUCUAUGUCACACCGAACUACCUAUGCUUUGAAAACACCAGGUCGGUAUCUUCCAAAAAGAACAAAGUUAUCAGCCUCAAGUCCAUCACCGAAGUACAGAAGUACAAGGUGCUGUCUAUGCUGCCUGGGGCUGGCAUGGGCAUCUCCAUCAAGACCCCGGAUACGGUGAAGCCCCUGAUCUUUGGAGCCAUGGUGCACCGCGACGACGCCUACGACGCCAUCAUGGAGCAGUACUCGCGGAUUGGCUCGCCCCCGCCUCCACCCCCGCUGCCCCCCCCACGCGGACCCUCCGCCGCCGGCAUUAAAUUCGACGGGUCGGCAUCGCCGCACACCUUGCCAAAGACUGCUUGUAAAAAGUGACCGUGCAUGAGGAUGGUGUUUUAAAAUACACGUACGAUUGUA